AUGUUGGCAUUAGAGCCUACAUUAUCACCAACAACAAUGCUUGAACAUUUCGAAAUUGCAUGCAAAUAUCAUCAUUUAAAUUUACUAAAUGCAAAUCUUUUACGUAUGGAAGGAAGUUUCAAAAGAAAAAUUGGUGAAAUGGUUGUAUUAGAAAGAUUCGAUGAAUUACCAGAUGAAGUUCAGCAGCAAAUUUUGGAUCGGCAAUAUUCUGGAUGGGCAUUGAAUGAUCAACGUUUGGCAAAUAUGCCAACUACAAAUAUGGAAAGGACGAUAUCAUUGAAUAGCGGUGGAUCAAAGCCAAAUGCAUACGAGAGCAAUCCUAAUUUGUUGACUUUUCAAGGUAUGAAAUCAAUGGAAGCAUUUGGUUCCGUGGAAGAAAUCAAUAUUACAAAAGAUUAA